AUGUUCAGUGAGCCAGCUGCAGCGUUUCAUGUCCAACUUUACCGUCUCACCAUCUUAUUUCCACUCCAUUUUUACACAACUCGCCGACAAUCGACGACUACUGGUGAGACCGGUUCGACAGCUCACAAGAUGGACGAUAAGGCUGAGAUGGGGGAGAAGGCAUGCCUCGAGGUCGAGGUCGAGCCUACGGAGACUACUCCUCGGAAGCCUUCAUUCCCAAAGGCUGUCGUCACUUUUCUGUGCUUGUUCUUCUUCAUUUCAGUAUUACACCCAGCGAUGCGACCCUACCACCCGCUGUCUCGAGGUUACGCUCAUGUCUGCCCCAAGUCUGUCGAGGGGAGGGUACAAAGAAUCCUCUCAGAGACACCCUUAAUCGGUACGCAUAUCCCUUCGCCAGCCGCUAUUCCUACAAUGCGCGAUAGAGUGCUGACUAUUGCCGCAGACGGUCACAAUGACCUCGCCAUAUUCAUCCGGUUGUUCUACAACAACCACAUCUACCAAAAGAACUUCACAGAACCUUUCGAAGAGGGAGGUAUGGCCAUGCACGUGGAUCUCCCAAGGCUGCGAGAGGGGCUGAAUGGAGGAGCUUUCUGGAGCGUGUUCACGCCCUGCCCGGCCAAUGGCUCCGACUACUCGGACGAGAACUAUGCUUCCAGUGUGCAGCUCACGCUGCAGCAGAUAGACCUCAUGACCAGGCUGCAAGCUGCGUAUCCCAACGACUUUUCGGGGAUCGUGGACAGCAAAUCCGCCGUGGCAGCCUUCAAGGAGGGCAAGCUCAUCUCGCCCCUCGGGAUCGAAGGACUGCAUCAGAUCGGCAACUCAGUGGCCAACCUUCGUCGCUUCCACGCCAUGGGCGUCCGCUACGCUACACUCACGCACAACUGCGGGAACAUCUUCGCCGACGCCGCCAUCUGGGAGCGUCCUUUUGGUAAAGCUCCCGCGUACUGGGGAGGGGUCUCUCUCAAGGGUCGACAGCUGGUCAACGAGAUGAACCGGAUCGGCAUGAUCGUCGAUCUAUCCCACGUGAGUGUCGACACUAUGGUGGACGUCCUCGGGGGGCGUGAGGAGUGGGCGGGAAGCAAAGCUCCUAUUAUGUUCAGCCAUAGCUCCGCGUAUGCUCUCUGCCCCCAUCCACGCAACGCCCCGGACCAUGUGCUCGAGCUUGUCAAGAAGACGAACUCGGUCAUCAUGGUCAACUUCUCGCCCGAUUUCGUCAGCUGUGUGGACAAGGGCAACAAGAACGGCAUCCCGGACCUGUUCCCUGAGAACAACACUUUAUCUCAUGUUGUCGACCAUAUCACGUAUAUCGGAAACCUCAUCGGGUACGACCACGUGGGCUUGGGAAGCGACUUUGACGGAAUCAUGUCGACGCCAGAGGGCCUAGACGACGUGUCCAAGUAUCCCGACUUGAUCGCCGAGCUGCUCAAGCGAGGUGUCUCGGACAAGGACGCCGCCAAGAUCGCGGGAGGCAAUAUCCUACGGGUGUGGGGCGACGUCGAGAAGGUGGCUGCUAAGAUGCAGGCGGACGGCGAGCCCGUCAUGGAAGAUGACCUGCCGAAUUUGUUUCCAGACGACUUGCUGCUGGGCUGA